AUGACAGACAGAGUGAGUUUCAGCACAUCGAAAGUCAACCCUCGGCCCGCCGCAGGUCCUGUGCUCCCACCUGAGCCAAUCGACAUCAUCCGCAUCAAGGCCCGCUCCCGUCGGGUCAGGCUCAACGUCGGAGGUCUCACACAUGAAGUCCUGUGGAGAACACUGGACAGGCUGCCCAGAACCCGUCUGGGACGGCUAAGAGACUGCAACACCCAUGAGUCAUUGCUGGAGAUUUGCGAUGACUACAGCCUCUCUGAGAAUGAGUACUUCUUUGACCGACACCCGGUGGCCUUCUCCUCCAUCCUCAACUUCUAUCGAACAGGGAAGCUGCACAUGAUGGAAGAGAUGUGCGCUCUGUCCUUUGGCCAGGAGCUGGACUACUGGGGUAUUGAUGAAAUCUACCUGGAGUCAUGCUGCCAGGCGCGGUACCACCAGAAGAAGGAGCAGAUGAAUGAGGAGUUGAGGAGGGAGGCAGAGACGCUGAGGGAGAAUGAGGGGGAAGAGGAGGACCACGGCUGCUGUCCUGACAAGAGACAGAAGCUCUGGGAUCUGCUGGAGAAACCCAGUUCGUCUUUGGCUGCAAAGAUCCUGGCCAUGAUCUCCAUCCUGUUCAUUAUUAUUUCCACCAUCUCAUUGUCUCUUAACACCCUACCAGAGCUGCAGGUGGUAGAUGAAUUUGGCCAGUUCAAUGACAACCCCAGCCUAGCCCACGUGGAAGCUGUCUGCAUUGCCUGGUUCACUAUGGAGUAUAUGCUGCGCCUGCUCUCAGCACCCAACAAGUGGAAUUUCAUCAAAGCACCACUGAACAUCAUUGAUUUGCUGGCUAUACUGCCUUACUAUGUGACCCUCUGCCUAACUGAGUCUAACAAGAGUGUGUUGCAGUUCCAGAACGUGCGCCGUGUGGUCCAGAUCUUCCGAAUUAUGAGGAUCCUGAGGAUCCUGAAGCUGGCCAGGCACUCAACAGGACUCCAGUCUUUAGGGUUUACCUUGCGAAGGAGCUACAAUGAGUUGGGUCUGCUGAUUCUCUUCUUAGCCAUGGGCAUUAUGAUCUUCUCUAGCUUGGUGUUCUUUGCUGAGAAGGAUGAGGACGCCACCAAAUUCACCAGUAUCCCUGCCUCCUUCUGGUGGGCUACCAUUACUAUGACCACUGUUGGUUAUGGAGACAUCUAUCCUCAAACCCUGCUGGGCAAAAUUGUAGGAGGGCUCUGCUGCAUAGCAGGUGUUUUGGUCAUUGCCCUUCCCAUCCCAAUCAUUGUCAACAACUUCUCGGAGUUCUACCGAGAGCAGAAGAGGCAGGAGAAGGCCAUCAAGAGGAGGGAAGCUCUUGAAAGAGCCAAACGGAGUGGAAGCAUUAUUUCUAUUAACCUAAAGGAUGCUUUUGCACGUAGUAUGGAACUCACAGAUGUGUUGGUGGAAAAGAGGGAGGAUAGUAAGUGUCCUGUGGAUAAUCACCUGUCACCCAGCCGCUGGAGCUACCACAAACACUACUCCAAUGCACAGGUGGGUAGCCCAGGCAUGUCUCAACAUUCUCAUUACCAGGAAGUGACUCAGCUGGGCUCUCCUGAACGAGUCAAGCUCUCAUCAAACAAAACUACCCCUCAACACCUCAACACAAAAAGGCAUGAAGAUGCUUAUAACAAGACAGCAACCGCCCAGGAACAGCAAAUAAAAAUGAUAGAGGAGCCGAUGGAGAUGAGAACAUUUACCUCCACCCAAGCAAAGCAAAAUUCACCUGAGGUAAGCAUUGCCAGGAAAUUCUCCAAUGUGGCUGAUGAUUUUUCAGUGGAAAGAGGAGAAAGAAGCUCUCUUCUACUGAGUACUGAAGGAGGUCAAACUGGUGCUAGACACCAGCGUAUCCCCCCUCCUUUGGAUCUAAGUCAGAUCAGCACCAUGGAGGUGAGCAGGGGCUCUGACAGCAUCCAGCCCGUGACCAUCAUCAAAGAGAAUUUGUAUGAGUUUGUGUCUAGCCCCAGAGAAAGUGGGAUUGGAGAUAUGGGUUUGAUGCCACAGAGUGUGGAAAGCUUUGGAAUGACUUCUGAUAACGUCUGCAGCUCCUUGCGAGAUUAUAGCAGCCCUCAAAUGACAAGAGCCCUCAAAGUUGACUUCAUUGGAUCCCAAGAUGAUGUGCUUAUGGCAGUGAUGACACCUAUAGCAACCCCAGCCUCCGCUGGCUCAGUUAAACUUGCUCAACUACUUUCUGACGACAUGGUUUCCAAGUUUUCUCCACCUCCUAGCUCUACAACACAGGAAGCUAAGUCUCCGCUGGCUAUUCUGCCAUCUCCGUCCCUGGCCCAGCAAUCUGUCAGUCCAAGCAACUCCCAGGGGGGAGGUGAGGGCUCAGCAGUCAGGAGCUUAGAAGGUGAAGGGCAGCUCACAGGCUUAAACCACCAAGGGAGGAAUCACAUGGAGAAGUCUGCUGUCGGCUCAGGCAGCAGUGUUAGCCCACUUUCAUCUAAAGCCAGCCCACCCAACUGCACACAGGAGCUAGUAACUAUGGAAGUAGGGGAGGAGGGAGGAGGAGGGGAGGGAGCGGAACAGAGUGGAGAGAAACGAGAAAACCACAUUGUUCUGGACAGAAGCAUGACACCGCCCUGUGAAACAAGCAUGUAA